CGACGGCCCUUCCUGGUGGCCUGGAACGUGCCCACCCAGGACUGCAAGCCCCGCUUCCAAGUGUCCCUCGACUUCAGCCUCUUCGACCUGCACGCCUCCCCCAAUGAGGGCUUCGUGGGGCAGAACCUCACCAUCUUCUACAAGGAGCGCCUGGGGCUCUACCCCUACUACACCAGCCAGCGCGUGGCCAUCAACAGCGGUGUCCCCCAAAACAGCAGCCUGUCUGAGCACCUCGCCCGCCUCCACGAGGGCAUCAGCAAAUACAUCCGCUCACCGGCCAAGGAGGGGCUGGGCGGCAUCCGGCAGCCCACCUGGUCCCGUGAGGAGGUGAACAAGCAGGCGGUGUUCGAGUUCGAGUCGGCUGCUCAGCAGUUCAUGGUGAGCACCCUGCGCGUGGCCAAGAGCUUCCGACCCAAGCAGCUCUGGGGGUUCUACCUCUUCCCCGACUGCUAUAACCAUGACUACAGCAAGAACAAGGAGAGCUACACCGGGCAGUGCCCAGAUGUGGAGAAGACACGUAAUGACCAGCUGGCAUGGCUCUGGAGGGAGAGCAUGGCUCUCUACCCCUCCAUCUACCUCGAUCUGCUCCUGGCCUCCACCCCCAACAGCCGCAAGUUCGUGCGGGCACGGGUGGUGGAGGCCAUGCGCAUCUCGCAGCAGCACCACGAUGGCUACUCCCUGCCUGUCUUUGUCUACACCCGGCCCACCUAUAUCCGCAAGCUGGACGUGCUGAGCCAGCCAGACCUGAUCUCCACCAUCGGAGAGAGCGCGGCCCUGGGUGCAGCUGGGGCCAUUUUCUGGGGUGAUGCAGACUACACCAAAAACCGGAACUCAUGCCAGAUCCUCAAGGACUACCUGGAGGGGGACCUGGGCCGCUACAUCGUGAAUGUCACGACGGCAGCGCAGCGCUGCAGCACAGUAUUGUGCCAGGGCCGCGGCCGCUGCCUGCGCCAGGACAGCACUGCUGAUGUCUUCCUCCACCUCAACUCCACCAGCUUCCAGCUGCGGCGCCGGGAUGGGGAUGACCCCCAGCGCCCCCUCUUCUGGGCUGAGGGCCAGGUGUCCCCUGCUGACACCCUCUUCCUACGGACCCACUUCCGCUGCCAAAAAACCUACCAGGGCUGGCAGGGCAGCAGCUGCCAGGUGCCUGCUGACCCCCGCAGUGAUGCCCCUGACCCGCUGUCACCACUGGGACUUGGGGUGCUGUUGCUGCUUGCAAGCUGGUGCUAA